GGGACAUCCCUAACCAAUUGAAGAUGACCUGGUGAAAUGGUUAACGUAAGGAUUAGGGUUUUGGUUAUGGUUAGGCUAAGGGUAGGGAUUAGGGUUAGGGUUUAGGAUCGGGAAGUCCCAAGGAUCCCAGAUAGAACUAACCGACUGUGAACGCGCGCAGUCGCGUGUCAUUGCGCGCUCUCGUCUGGCUUGAAAAAAGGGGACAGCUCCGUUGCUUAAAUCCAGAGGGAGGCACAGGCGGAGCAUCUCUGGGUAUCACUCGCUGAAUUGAACACAACACAUUUGGAAAUCUGUUUGUCAUUUAGUGGCACGCUCCAGGACGCACCUAUGCAGAUGGCUGCAACACAGCAAGAGGGCUCGGACCAGAACUUUGAUUAUAUGUUCAAACUGCUUAUCAUCGGCAACAGCAGUGUAGGAAAAACUUCCUUUCUCUUCCGCUAUGCCGAUGAUUCCUUCACCUCUGCUUUCGUCAGCACUGUGGGCAUAGAUUUCAAAGUGAAAACAGUCUACAAGAACGACAAGCGGAUCAAACUACAGAUAUGGGACACAGCGGGUCAGGAGCGAUACCGGACCAUUACCACAGCAUACUACAGAGGAGCUAUGGGCUUCAUCCUGAUGUAUGACAUCACCAACGAGGAGUCCUUCGGUUGUGUGCAGGACUGGUCCACCCAGAUUAAGACGUACUCAUGGGACAACGCCCAGGUAAUCCUGGCGGGGAACAAGGCUGACAUGGAGGAGGAGAGAGUGGUGUCAGUGGAUAGUGGUCGAAUGCUGGCCGAACAGCUUGGGUUUGAGUUCUUCGAGACGAGUGCCAAGGACAAUGUCAACGUAAAACAAACAUUUGAGCGUCUCGUCGACCUCAUCUGCGACAAGAUGUCCGACAGUUUAGAGACUGACCCGUCUGUCACCACAGGAACGUCCAAUGCUAGGCUAACUGACAACCCUCCUCCCUUGCAGCAGCCCAACUGCGGUUGUUAACCAGGAAAAUGACAACAAUCUAAGACGUAUGAGAUUGCCAAAAUAUUGUAUUAUCCCUUAGGUAGAUCUGUAAUACCUUCAAUUGUAUUAUUCUUCAUAUCUGACUUCUGAUGUGCCUAGUACAUUUUUUCAGAUUUUUUUUAUGUUUCAAAUUGUCUGACACAUAUGUUGUACGUUCACAAAACUGAAAAAUAGACAUGUACAGUAAUGCCAUGUCAGUAUGCGAUGACCAUGAACCACUAAUGUCACGUCACUCGGUACAUUUAUCUAUUUAUUUAUAUAAAACAAAAAUACAGGAUCUUCUAUAUACUAUAUUAACCAGAGAAAAUAGUGUGUUGUUUAUGGAAUGCUCUGUCAAUGACAUGAUGAUCUGUGUAUGGUUAAGUUGCCAGUUCCCUCUUGCAUAUCCUGUAUUUCUUCCCUCCCACUAUUCCUGCUGUGUGUGUGUGUGUGUGUGUCACUUUUAAGCAUUGAACAUUACCGUAAAAAAGUAUUACCUACCUUACGAAAGUGAUGCCUUUCAGUUAGUUGUUUGUAUAUUGUUUCAUAUUUUUUCCAUCGCCACACUAGAUGUGAAACCCAUGUGAUUAUCUGUGGUUAGAAUGGACCAAUGUGAUUAUCUGAGGUUAGAAUGAACCAAUGUGAUUAUCUGAGGUUAGAAUGGACCAAUGUGAUUAUCUGUGGUUAGAAUUAACCAAUGUGACUAUCCGAGGUUAGAAUGAACCAAUGUGAUUAUCUGUGGUUAGAACCAAUGUGAUUAUCUGUGGUUAGAACCAAUGUAUUUAUCUGUGGUUAGACAGAUGCAUGGCUUUAUUCUCAGGAUAUUAAUAAAGUAGUUUGUUCAGUGACUGUGGAUUAGCUGCCAUAGUAUAACAGUUGUCUAAUACUAACAUGUACAGUACUAUAUUGUAGGAUAGGUAGGUAGUCAUGAUAAUAAUGCCAGUGUGGUAUUUAACAGAUUACUUUAUUAAAUAAGUGGUACAUUUAAUGUGGCUGUAAAGUGGUAUGAUUACUAACCCUAUGACUGUUGUUUGAAAACAGUAUGCAUCUGUGAGUGCAGAGAACAGUUUCUGAUGUGUUUCUCAAUGUUAUAUCUAUGUACAAGCAAUGGUCUGUGCAAUACUGCCAACUGGUCAGUCAUCUGGAGUAACUAAGACCUAAUAAUUUCUUCAGUGCGGAAUCCAUUGUAGGUCAUCCUCAGUUGUCAGCCGUACGUUUCAGUCUGGGUUUACGGAUGUCCUCAAAUGAGUUCCGUACUGCAGUGCUAGGUCCAGUGCUGCGACUGUUAAUGAAAUGGUCCUAAAUUAACAGCAGAAAGCUCAUAAUAAUGCCAGUUCCUGGAACAAUACAGAUUGAGAGACAUUGUGAGACAUACAGAGAACCCAAGGAGAGGUCCCAGACAACUAUUUCAGGGAUGUGAGUCACGGCAUCAGUAUUUCAAAAGUCUGACCUGACUUGACUACAGGAUUAUGAAUAAGGAGCCACUUCCAUAAUUCAUACCAUCUCAUUCUCUGGACUUCUCCUCAAACACUUUUUAUUAGAGACACUCCUUCUGACAUUAUUCACCAUUCAUUUACUGUACUUGCAGUAAUGUUUUACUUCUGUUUUCGACUCUGUUACUUUUCUAUUGUUAUAGAAAAGUUCCCUUGAAGAAACCAGAGACAGAUAUCCUAAAUGGACCCCUACGUGCCAAUGUGCUAUAAAACAAAUAGAAAGGAAGCUGUUUUUAGGUGUUGUGAGAUUAUUUGGUGAAAAAGGGUAUGUUACUAUUAGCUAGACCAAGUGUCAUGCCAAAUAGUGUCUUGUAGAAAAUGCUGCAAUCGAUUGUUGCACUUGUGAAAACGAACUGCCUCUGAAUCGUUGCAUUUUCAGUAGCAAACCAUUUUCUGCAGCACACUUGCAUGGAAUUGUGCAAGAUCUAUUUCUAUAUAUCUAUAUCGGUAUACUUAUUGUAUUGUAUUUGUGCACCUUCAGGUCUCGUCUUGAGGUGCAAUGGGCCAAUAAGUGCAAUAUUUUAAAAGCCUGUUUCUCUGUGAAUAGCCAUCAGUCUGUGCCAUGCAUAACUGUUAGGAUUGAAUUCCUUUUUACGAGUGGUGUGUGAGUAGGGGUUCAAUGGGCAAGGGGCGUAGUGGAAAGUCUCCUACUUUUGUAGCAGAAAACGUAAGACGAGUCCUAAUAGUGGAACAAGAGAAAGCAAGUUCCGAUGUCUUCCCAACUGAACCCCAGUGGGCAUGAUUGUGACGUGUGAUAGUGAGAAAAUGCAGCCUGUCAGAAAGCCAAGUCAUUUUCUCACAAUGUCAACACUGUUAUCUAAAGAUGGGAAACCUCUCUAGAUGGUUCCGCUGCCAAGACAGUUGUCGACAAAGUGGUAGAGAGAAUGCUGUACGUGUGAAUGAGAGAUAAUUCUAUGUGUGAUUGGCUGCCUCCCCUUGUACAUUCAUCCACCUCCUUGAUGAAAUAUAUACUAUUUGUUGUUUUAUAGAUUUCAGCAUGUGUACAGCUUUAUAUUGUGUUUUCUGGUGCAGUAACAACAGCCCUCUUAGUAUGCGGGUCCCAAGAUAUUGAAGUGUUGUCUGUUCAGCUUCUGUGAAACAUCGAGACAGAGAUGAAGCCUUACUACGGUAUAUGCAGUAUGGACAGAAACAAGACAAACUGGUUAAUAACAGGUCACUUUAGCCUUUGUUAUUGAAUAAGUCAUAAACGGCAUUGUCAUUCCAUUCAUAACACACACAAAAAGAGAAACAGCGUACUUCUCUGUAUACCAGGGGCUCUAAUGAUAACACACUAAUGAUCAAAUGUUGACCCCUCUUAGGUUAAUUGGCACUCAACUAUGUACAGUACGGUGUCCUUGACAGCAGGUCACUUUCCCUUCACCUUUUUGAAACAAUUGUUUGUAGUGCGCUGCUCCUCGGUCUGGCAUUUUCUGCUUUGUGUACGUGGAGAAGCCAGUUCAGAGAUCCUAGCCUGCCCUAUUCUGCCGUCGCAUCUGUUCAAGCGUAACGCCAGCUGCUCACCUCACCAAUAUUCUCUGGGACCUUUCCUCCAUGUAGCCUAACACAAUUAGAAUUCAAGCGGUGAACAAACCCUCAAAAGCCAAAUUCACCAUACAACUGCUAAAUGUCGUUUUCUCCUGCUGUUCUUUCACACGUUCUCAACAUGUCUGUACUGUAGCUGGGAGUGUUUGAAUCGGACUCUUCGGCUGUAGAGACACACUGGUAGUAAUAAAAACGUGUCAAUGGCGUGUCUGGUAUAAAAAAAAAGAAGUCAAGUGGUUUCUUUGAAUUCUUGAUUUGUAUAAUAGCUAUCCUAUAACAGAAAAUGUUUGCUGUAUCUCUUUUGAGUCUUCAGAUGGACCUAAACUGAUAAUACAUAAUUGUACUAUUAUAGUGACCUACAGUAUUCUAUUUUCCUUGUAUGAACCACUCAUGAGCUGGAUAUUUACUUUUAAGUGUAUGUGACACAGGUGUUUUCAAGAUGACAAUAAAAAUAUACCAAUUGUA